AAAGCUGCUGUACACCAGACUUCCUGGAACUGGCUAUUUGGCAGAGAAACUUCUGCCUUUUCUCCCACAACUAAGGGAAAAUCUGGAUAGGCUCUGCUUUUUAUCACCAUUGUCCUGUGAAGCCCAUGGAUGAACGAUGGAAGGAAGACAAGGGAACAUUCUCCAAGUCACAGCUGAUCAUAGGGGUCAUAGCAAUGCUGGUGGCCCUGAGCCUGAUAAUUCCCCUCAUCAUCUUUGCUGUCCGGGCCUAUAGUGAAGCCUGCCAGAAUAUACACCAGGCAGAGAGAGCAUGCCGCAAUGGCACCCACCUCCUGCAAGGCCAGCUGACCCAAGCCCAGGAGGGCUUGCUGAAGGUGGAAACCCAGGCACACACCUGCAAUCAGACUGUGGUGACCCUGAAGACUUCCCUCCAGAAGCAACAGGCUCAGAGCCAAGAGCAGCAGGCGCACAUACAGGACCUCGAGAGAAAUAUCAUCAAUCUGAACCGGAGGCUGCAGGACAUAGUAGCAGAACUGGAGCAAUUAAGGAAAGAGAAGAAGGCUUCAAGGCAAGUACCUGUGUUCAACUUUGCCAGCUCCCUGGUCACCUCCAGCCUCCUCAGACCUAUAGUGUUGCUGAUAUUGGUCCUGGGUGCCUUGAUGCUCUGAGGAGUCUCAGGACACAGUCUGCAUUUAUACAGUCGCACCUGUUUUUGACAUCUGGGGUCCUAUCUCUCUUGACAGGCAGGGAAACAGGAUGGCCCUUGAGAGGCCAUGGCAGCCUUGGGGGUGUACAGCUGAAUGGACCUUUGGCUGCCUCCCCUGAGAACUGCAGUGUCCCACUUGGCCAUGGGGUAGGUGAGGUGGGUGGAGUCGGGCACCUGAUUUUGGCUGUUACAGUUUUGUGGGGAUGUCACUAUCUUCUGUGAUCUCUGGGCUUCAGAAAAUAAACACCUGUUUUGGGAAAGAGAA